AUCAAUGCAGGAUAUGCAGCACACCAUCACCCAGCACCGAGGCGCUAUUCUUUUAGUGUCUUCUCCCGCCUGGCUAUCGGCAGCAAUUCUCCAGCUUUUUGCUGUCUUUUCUCUCCGGACAUACUUGCUGCUUGCUCCCCAGUCCUGCAUUGCAUCACCGGCUCUCAGAUGUCGUUGGCAGUUGACGCUGCCCAGCGAAGAAGACCCCGCGAUUACUUGGCAUAGAGAGCAGGGGGAUCUGAUUGGCCAAAAGUUUGCUUGGAUGACGAAGGGGUCUGGUGAAAAACCUCUUGUCGCCAAUCGAUGAGCCGCCAGAUCCUUUCCCGCCCAACGAACCUCCAGCCUCCGCCUCUUUGGGGUGACGACGCUCUCGAUUUCAGAUUUCCCUCACCUUCACCACCUGAAACCUCUUCGGGAAAUUCCACAAAUUGUCAUGGGAUUUGUUCACCAACGGUACCAAGCCCCGCCAGCAUCAGCAAGCUGGAAGCGCUAGAACCGCAGGUCGGUCCCCACGUUGCCGUCCCCUGUCCGGCACCAGUUUCCGAUGCGAUCCCAAGAACUGGGCACUUCUGGGCGUUGCUGGGCAUCGCUGAUGAAUAUCAAUGA